GUAAUGCCGAGUUCUAUGGUGAUUUCUGUAAACAACGAAAGCAGUUUGGACUAUCUCCAACUUGCUUUACGCGCUGCCUAGAAAAGAGUUUUUAAAUCCCAGCGAGAAAAUACAUACAACUGAUACAAGUACAGUACUUCUAUACAUCCUGUUAUUUCGCAUCGCCAGCAGUUUUGCCAUCAUUAGCUGAAUUCCGUGCUGAAUCGCUUGUUUCACCAUUAAAUACGUAAACCUUGCCACUUGUCUCGUGGACCUUCAUUUUCUCUGAUACUGUACUCAUACUCCCGACUAUUCAACAAAAUCAUGGCCAGCUGCGGAACUGCACCAAAUCCUGACUGUCGAUCAUUUGCAGCGGGGGAUCUUGUCCUGUCGUGUGAUCCCUUUGUGUGGGCCCUGGAGAGCAGCGCCUACAAAACACGCUGUGCUUACUGUCUGCAAGACAGCCAAGAACUACGCCUCUGUUCAGGAUGUAAACUCCACCGCUACUGCAGCUUCGCUUGCCAGGCUGCCGACUGGAAACUGGAGCACAAACUGGAAUGCGGUAUGCUGAAAGAUCUGAGAACGGAAUUGGAUAUGGAGACGGCACCAGCGCCAGUAGUAAACCACAACUAUCCUAUUCCUGUGGUGUUGGUUCCCAAGAUGAUCAACAAAAUUAGUUGCAGCACGAUGGUCGAUGUCCCCGGCAAAGGACGCCACUCAGCGCAGGAAUUCGUGGAAAAGAUCCUGCCUCAAGAUCCGUUGCGACUGGAAAAGGAACGCCAGUUUCAGCCGAUGAGCUCACCUGCUCUGAAACCGGAAGUUGGGCCGGCCGAAAUGGAUACCCUGCCGUAUGAGAAAGCUGUCGUUGAUAACGCACGGCCCAUGUUCCACACGAUCUCUAGCAAUGCGCCGAUUGGGUUCGCGGUGUACCCGGUGACACCGCGGCAUCACAUGACCCCGGUGUGUUGGGACGUCAAUGUGGUCAUCAAUUUCCGCGGACGACGCAUGUUCAUUCAUGCCACGGAAGACAUUCCGGUGUAUACCGGGCUGAAAGAUUUGCGCUUCAGUGGCAUCCGACAACAGUAUUUCCUGACCCGAGAUCGACGCCGUGCCUUUUUUGAGAAGAUGCACGGAUUCCCCUGCACCUGCCGCAAAUGCACGGAAGAAUAUGAUGCUGAAAUCAAUCCGCUAAAGUGUGUGACUGCCGGCUGCAGCAAUCGGAUCCCCAGCGAUGAGCGUGCACUUGACCCGUGUACGGCAUGCGGCGCCGUCAACGGUAAACGCCUGAAGGAAUUCCGUCGUUUCGUGCAGCGACACCAGGCCAUGCCGCCCAACUCCCCCACGGAUCCGCGCACCUUGGCGCUGUGCCAGCAGCUGGACGCGGCCGGUAUUCUGCAACCGGAUGCGCACUUUCGUUUGGUCUGCGGUUGGGAAUUGCCACGCAAAUAUUUUAAUGAGGACCGCUUUGAAGAGGGUUGGAAGAUGAUGCAGGAGAUGAUUCAGUGUGUGCUCGCCAUUUAUCCCCAGUACGAAGAGUACCGCGCCGUCUUGCUGACCUUGGCCGCAACAUCUGCCACUUUCGCUCUCGAGAAGCAUGUGUUGGAUGGGAUUGAGAAGCUGUCAGUGUCGGAGAAGAAACGACGGGCAACACUGUCGACCGCAGGAUUUGGUGUUAUCUGCGACUACUGUCUGAAGGCCAUAAACAUUAUGAUUGUGAUUUAUGGAGAAGCAUCUCACGAGGUCAAGACCGCCGUCGACCUGUGUGAACACAUCAUGAAUUACGCCCCGAUUGUCACAGAUAAGCUAGCCAGUUAAAAAUAGUCCGCGGAAGUCGUGCAGUGUUAUUUCACUUAUAACAGCUGCCGACAAUGGACUGGGUAUGCGCUUUCACAAAUUUUUUUUUACUCUAGACUUUUCUUUGCUUUUUUCUGGGUUUUUCUAUUCAGAGUGCUCAUGCACCACUUAUAAUAAGUGUCAUUUGUGAAGUAUGUUUUAUUCGUGCCAUUUCGGCUGUGCAUGUGGUUGUGGAGAACUUAGUUAAUUCGUCUUUUAAUCUGUUUUUGCUGUGUUAUUUCCGAAUUUCACA